AUGCUCACAAUGCGGGCGCGUGCGUGCGCGCACUUCGGACACUACCACUGGCGGCGAGAGAACGCGCGCACUGACAGUCUGACGCGGUCUGUUCGGCACACGGCGGUACGUAAGCGGGCUAGUGGCUACCUGCUUGGCCGUUUCCGCGGUGAGGUGAAGCGGAGGUGCGCAUCGUACUGCGCGCCCAGGUACACGCUGGACGCGUGA